AUGCAUUUCAGUCAUUGUAUUCCAUGUUUUUUCCAGAAAUGUUACGAACAAAAACAGUACAAAAAUGGACUCAAGUUCUGCAAGAUGAUCCUCUCUAACCCGAAAUUCGCUGAACAUGGAGAGACGCUCGCGAUGAAAGGACUGACCUUGAACUGCUUGGGGAAGAAGGAAGAAGCAUAUGAAUUCGUUCGUAAAGGACUUCGUAAUGAUGUAAAGAGUCAUGUCUGUUGGCACGUCUAUGGUCUUUUGCAACGUUCUGAUAAGAAAUAUGAUGAAGCCAUCAAGUGUUACCGGAAUGCACUCAAGCUAGAUAAAGAUAACCUACAGAUCUUGAGAGACCUCUCUCUGUUGCAGAUUCAGAUGAGGGAUUUAGAAGGAUAUAGAGAGACAAGAUACCAGCUACUUCAGCUGCGCCCCACACAACGGGCUUCCUGGAUUGGAUAUGCCAUUGCAUACCACUUACUAAAAGAUUAUGAUAUGGCCUUAAAACUACUUGAAGAGUUUAGGAAAACCCAACAGAUUCCUCCUAAUAAAAUAGAUUAUGAAUAUAGUGAACUGAUUUUAUAUCAAAAUCAAGUGAUGAGAGAGGCAGAUCUAUUUGAGGAGUCUUUAGAACAUAUAGAGACAUAUGAAAAGCAAAUAUGUGAUAAAUUAAUAGUAGAAGAAAUCAAAGGAGAGAUGUUACUGAAGUUGGGAAGACUGAAAGAAGCUGGUGAAGUAUACAAAGAGUUAAUUGAGCGCAACGCAGAAAACUGGUAUUAUUAUGAAGGCUUGGAAAAGGCCCUGCAACCUAGCACUUUAGAAGAGAGGCUUCAGAUUUAUGAAGAAGUUAGUAAAAGACAUCCCAGAGCAGUUUCACCUAGAAGAUUACCUUUAAACUUUGUUUCAGGUGAAAAAUUUAGAGAACUAAUGGAUAAGUUCCUGAAGGUUAACUUCAGUAAAGGCUGCCCACCCUUGUUUACCACUUUGAAAUCAUUAUAUUACAAUCCAGAAAAGGUUUCUACAAUCCAAGAACUGGUUACUGGUUAUGAAGCCUCUUUGAAAACUUGUGACCUUUUUAGUACAUGUGAAAAUGGAGAGAAAGAGCCCCCAACGACACUGCUUUGGGUUCGAUAUUUCCUGGCACAGCACUUUGACAAACUUGGCCAGUGUUCUUUGGCCUUGGAUUACAUUAAUGCUGCAAUUGCAAGCACUCCAACAUUAAUAGAACUAUUCUAUUUAAAAGCAAAAAUUUACAAGCAUGUAGGUAAUCUCAAGGAAGCUGCCAAAUGGAUGGAUGAAGCACAGUCUUUGGAUACUGCAGACAGAUUUAUCAAUUCUAAAUGUGCUAAAUACAUGCUGCGAGCAAAUAUGGUAAAGGAUGCAGAGGAGAUGUGCUCUAAAUUCACAAGGGAAGGAACUUCUGCUAUGGAAAACCUAAAUGAGAUGCAGUGUAUGUGGUUCCAGACUGAAUGUGCCACAGCUUAUCAAAGGCUAGGAAAGUAUGGUGAUGCCUUGAAAAAAUGCCAUGAAGUAGAAAGGCAUUUUUUUGAGAUAACAGAUGAUCAAUUUGACUUCCACACAUACUGCAUGAGAAAGAUGACUCUUCGUGCCUAUGUAGACCUUUUGAGAUUAGAAGAUGUGCUCAGGAAACAUGCCUUCUACUUCAAGGCUGCUCGAUCAGCAAUUGAAAUCUACUUGAAGCUCCAUGAUAAUCCUCUCACCAAUGAAAACAAAGAACAAGAAGUGAAUUCAGAAAAUCUCUCAGCCAAAGAAUUGAAGAAAAUGCUUAGCAAGCAACGAAGAGCACAGAAGAAAGCAAAGCUUGAAGAAGAAAGAAAACAUGCAGAAAGAGAGCGACAACAAAAGAACCAAAAGAAAAAGCGAGAUGAAGAGGAGGAAGAAACUAGUGGACCCAGGGAAGAGCUCAUUCCUGAAAAACUGGAAAGGGUAGAAAAUCCACUAGAAGAAGCCAUUAAGUUCCUUAUACCACUUAAGAAUCUUAUUGGAGAUGACAUAGAAACACAUUUAUUAGCAUUUGAAAUAUACUUUAGAAAAGGAAAGUUUCUGUUAAUGUUACAGUCUGUCAAAAGAGCUUUUGCUAUCAACAGUAAUAACCCAUGGCUACAUGAGUGCUUGAUUAAAUUCUCUAAAGCUGUAUCUGACCAUAGUAACCUCCCAGAAAUUGUGAGCAAGGUCCUAACUCAAGAAAUGCAGAAAAUCUUUGUUAAUAAAAACUUGGAAAGUUUUAAUGAAGAAUUUCUCAAACACAAUGCUACCUCCAUUCAGCACCAACUGUCAGGUGCGAAGAUGAUGUAUUUCCUGGACAAAUCAAGACAAGAAAAAGCAAUUGCUAUUGCUACUAGAUUGGAUAAAAACAUGAGAGACAAAAAUGUGAAGACAUUAACAAAGGUUUUUGAGGCACUGCUUGAUGGCAGUUUUGGGAGCUGUCACACUCAAUGUGAAGAAUAUCAAGCAGCAUGUCAUAAACUGUUUCCUUUUACGUCUGCCUUUAUGCCUGCCACAAACGAGGACGAUAGCAGCAUUGCAUCUGUGAAUCAUACAGCCAUUAACCAUGAUUUGUUGUCCAAUGAAAUUUAAAGUAGUGUGUGCAAGCCUGUGUGCAUGUAUACCUACAUGCACAUGUGUAUACAAAACUCUGACUCUCAUUACAUGCUGGCUGGAUACAGAUCAGGGUUACUUUUCCAGGUUGUAUUUUAAUAUCUUUAACAGGUAUAAAACAAAAUAUUGGGAUAGUUAAAUGAAGUGGAGUAUGCUAUUAGCUAUUUUUUCUCCCAACAAAAACUGCCAAUAUUUAUGUAAACAUUAUCCUUAAUCAGCAUUUUUCAUGUUUAUACUUGUACAGUUUUAAGUCUUUUAAUAAUCCAUCAGCCCUCCCUCACAAAAAAUAUGGAUGUUAAAGACUGCUUUCACGUAAGUGUCAUUACAUAUACAGAUAAAUGUGAUCAUAUCUUGUUAAUAAAUUAUCAUUUGAGCGUUUUUAGCAGAUUAAGACUGAAGUGCUACUUGAAUUGCCCUCUUUGUCUUUUACUGUUCUUUAGGGUGUUUUUCUGGGUUUGGUGGGUUGUUUUUUUAAUUUUAUUUUUCUUUGGUCAGUUUGGUUUCUUUUGAAGCACAGUGACAAUGAAAGCAUUGGGGGUUUGCAUGUUUUUGUCAGAUGUCUGUCUUAUAUGGAACCAGUGUUGAUGGAGAUGAAGAUUAGGUUUGUGUUCAACAGAAAAAAAAAAACGAAAAAAAAACCA